AUGGCCCCAAGAAGGUGGGAAGAGGAAGGAGUGCAUGAGGAAGUUCCUCAAGGAAAUGAGGUUUCGGUGGUUCCUCCGGAUAUGACCAAUGGAGAGAUUAGGGAGUCUCUCUUUGCACUAGCCCGAGUCAUAAAAACUCAUGUCACAAGGGGUGUUGAGCCUAUAGUGGAUGCUUUAGGGAGUACCAUGACCUCUAGGUUGGGAUACUUUUUGAGGAUGAAUCCUCCUCUCUUUCUUGGUUCUAAGGUGGGAAAGAAUCCUCAAGAGUUCCUACAUGGUGUAUACAAGGUGUUGAGUUCCAUGGGGGUGACUUCUAGGGAUAAUGAGGAAUUAGCUUUGUAUCAAUUGACAGAGGUUUCUCAAGUGUGGUACACUCAAGGGAACGAUAAAAGUCUAGUUGAGUCCGGUCCCAUAGAGUGGGAGGAGUUCGAGAGGGCUUUCUUAGGGAAGUACUUUCUCCAUGUGAGGAGGAAGGUGAAGAUUGGGAGGUUCAUUGACCUUUUUCAAGGUAAGGGGAAUGUUGAAGAGUCCAAACUUAGCAAAAGUGCAAGGAUCUUGAGGAGAAGUUCUUCAAGUGAUCAAAGUCAACCUAGGUUCAAAAACAGGGCUCUAACUCAAGAUGGACCUAGUUCUCCUAAGGUAAAACUUGAGAAGGGUAGUGGAUCUCAAGGUGGAAAGACUACUUGUGUCACUUGUCGGAAGAGUCACUUGGUGAAGCGUCAAGUUGGUACCGGGAAUUUCUUUGAAUGUGGUAAGAAAGGACAUCAGAGGAGAGAUUGUCCUAUUUUUGCGAAUAGGAGAAAGGAAGGCCAAGCAAGUUCCUCCUAA